UCGAGACGGAGAGUCUGUUCCACGUCGCGCGCCCAUCAGAGGAUUCGAUGCCGCGAGCAGAUCAGGGCCGAAGGGACGCGUAGCGCUGAUGGAAGCGGCGAGAGUUAUCCGGACGUGAGAUACCCAUAGCGUACUACGCGUCCGCUCGGCAUCUUCCCGUCUACAACAAUGUGCGAUGUUGCGCUCACUCAUCGGCCCUUCCAUCCUGCGUACUCGUCCAGCUGCCAUCGCUGGACAGGCGCGAUGCAUUUCCAUCGAUGCCCGGAGAGCAAAAGAACGAAUAUUUCAUGUAACUCUGGUGGCUGAGAGAAGACGUCCAACGCCGAUCGCCCCUGUAUUCGUGCAACGUGCAAGAGACUUCCAUGCAACAUCCUCGCGUAAUGUCGCCUACAUCCCGUUGUUGCUCUCUUUCCUUAAAACGUCGACCGCCAUCCAGACUGCAAAUGCCAUCUCGCGCGUUGCUCUCACCUUCCUCCCAGUGACGUUUGUGAAGAAGAUGAUGGGCCACAAGCACCUGAACAAGAUUGAUGCCAAGGUGAACGACGGCAGGACCGACCUCGACGAGAAACGGGCAAAGGCGCUACGGACAGUGCGCUUCCACACCAUCGCCUUUCACGUCUUGCUCUUUACUCCAGUCCUGCUAUUCUGGCUCACUAUCAUGGCGAGUAUAGAGCGAACUCCCUUGACGGGACGAUUACGACUUAUCCUGUUAUCGCCCGAGGAGGAGGAGGAGAUUGCCGCACAGCUAGCAGGCGCAGGCUGGUACCAAGCCAUCGGCGAGAUCCUCACGGAGCACGGACAGGUCACGCUUAUACCGCCAACCGACUGGCGCUACGCCUGGGUGCGCGACACCCUCCGGCGCCUCGAAGCAGUCAUCCCUGUGCUCCAGCGCGAGCAGGAGCUACUUCCAGACUGGAUGGAUGGCAGUCCCGACGACGUGCCGCAACCUCCGCCAGCGGAGUUUCCUUUGCGUCCCCGCCCGCGUGCGUCAGAGUACUUUAGGAAGUUCGCAGAGGCGGCGCGUGCGCGCGAGGUGCACCCAGCGCCGCAUGGGAUCCCGGGCCCACCGUACUCGCUGGUUGUAGUGGACCAGCCGGGCGCGUCGAACGCGUUCUCGUAUGGGUUCGGGCCCGACGGUGGUGGAGGGAUCGUGGUGUUCUCGGGGUUCUUGGACGAGGUGCUGGCGAAGCGCUGGCCUGAUAUGUCUCUUGCUGUCGAGUCUCAGACAGAGCAGGGAUCGUGGUGGUCUCGGCUAUUUGGUAGCAUCCUCGGUGUGUCGUCUGCAGCGCCGCCCCAUCCGGUGCCUACAGAAGAGCAGACGUCCGAGCUCGCCAUCCUCCUCGCGCACGAGCUCUCGCAUCUGGUCUUGUCGCACCAUAUCGAAACGCUGUCUUCUGGGUCUAUCAUAUGGCCGGGCACCAUCUCCAUCGCGACGGACAUCAUUCGGGCGCUGCUCUUCCCGGUGACCAUGCUCUUUGGUCCCUUCAUCAACGACGCGCUUGCUCGGGUUGGCAAAGCAAGUGAGAGCGAGAUCAUCCGUCUAACCGAGUACUGCACUAGCCAGCGGCAGGAGGUCGAGGCCGACAUCGUCUCUGCGAGGCUUCUCGCUCACGCAGGCUUCGACCCGCGAGACGCCGUACAUUUCUGGGAGGGCCGCCAGGAGACCCCGCGAAACGCCGAGUGCAGCCCUGCGCUCGCGGAGGAGCGCGCGGUGUCCGAUCAGACCGAGAACAGGCUGCAGAGGUUGUUGAUGGGCUCGUCUCAUCCCAUGAACGGUGAGCGCGUCAAGCGCCUGAAGGGAGAGCUCGAGCGGUGGGAGGAGGAGAGGCGGAAGGCGAGGGAGGAACGGUCGGCGCAGAUGGGUAAGGAGGAUGCUUAAAUUGGCUCAUUAUCUAAAAGGAUGGCUGGAUGAAGUGAUGUUAUAUUCAGGGGGACAUUUAGUGCUCAUAAUUGUGUCAUUCUGUGUAUAGUCUUCGCUCGCAUGCAUCUGAUGUAUCUUUAGGAUCGAUGUCUUUCAAAACCCAACACUGCAAUGCUAGCCUAACAAACUAUUUUCCUUCUUUCAUCGCGCGACAACCUCAAUUAUGCAUUGAGAAUGAA